AUGGCCUCUGAUUUCUUUUAUCCCAACACUGGCGGAGUAGAAGAACAUAUUUUUAAUUUGUCUCAAUGUUUAAUCAAAAGGGGUCACAAAGUAGUUGUCAUUACACAUUCUUAUGGAAAAAGAGUAGGUAUAAGAUACUUAACAGCUGGUCUAAAAGUGUAUUAUCUGCCCAUAACUGUUAUGUAUGCACAGUGUAUUCUUCCGACUAUGAUAUGUAACAUAGCAUUGAUCAGAUACAUUCUUAUACGAGAGUGUGUACAAAUUGUUCAUGCCCAUUCAGCAUUUAGUGUCUUGGGGCAUGAAGUUUGCAUUAUAGGCAAACUAAUGGGACUUAAAUCAGUGUUUACCGACCACAGUCUUUUUGGAUUUGCUGAUACUUCUGCUGUGCUCACUAAUAAAUAUUUGCAAAUUUGUUUAUGUGAAACUGAUCACUGUAUAUGUGUUUCUCAUACUGGAAAAGAAAACACAGUUUUAAGAGCUAAAGUUAAAGCUCACAAAGUAUCUGUCAUACCAAAUGCAGUUGAUGCAUAUAGUUUUACACCUGACCCAAGCCAAAGAGACCCAGAUGUGAUAACAAUAGUUAUUGUUUCAAGAUUAGUUUACAGAAAAGGAGUGGAUUUGAUGGCAGCUGUUAUUGCAGACAUGUGCCCAAGGUAUCCUAAUUUAAGGUUUUUAAUUGGUGGGGAUGGCCCUAAAAUGUGGCUUUUACAAGAAAUCAGGGAAAAAGGAUUCCAACACUGUGUAACUUUAUUAGGUAGUUUACAACAUUCCCAAGUAAGAGAUGUGCUAGUUAAAGGAGACAUUUUCUUGAACACUUCUUUGACUGAAGCUUACUGCAUGGCUAUAGUUGAAGCUGCAUCAUGUGGUUUGAAAGUGGUUUCCACAAAGGUUGGAGGAAUACCAGAAGUAUUGCCAGAAAAUAUGAUAUAUUUAACAGAACCUAAUGUCAACAGUUUGGUAGCAGGCAUUGAGAUGGCCUUGAAAGAUUUAAAUGAUGGAAAUAUCUUAUGCCCAUAUGAGUGUAAUAGAAUGGUCAGGAAAAUGUAUAACUGGAUAGACAUAUCAAGAAGAACUGAAUUAGUGUAUGACAAAAUAUCUCUUAAUAAGAAUAAGUCAAUAGGUCAACAACUUAGAAAUUAUUUGACUAGUGGUGUAUGGCCAUUUCUUUUAGUUAUAAGUUUAAUGUAUUUAUUAUUACAAUUUGUAGAAAAAAUAUACAAAAGGAAAAACAUUGAUAUAGCUAGAGAUUUAAAAUUGUAA